UAACCCAUCCUAUAGUUGGGUCUGUUUCCAACUGGGGUUCGAAUAACCAUAACAAACCCUGGCAAAAAGACUGCUGGUCACCUGAAACAUCUCCCGUCACUUGGAAUACCUCCCGUCACUUGGCUACGCCUCCUUCCAUCACCUGAACACUCCUCCCGUUAUCUGGACACUCCUGUCACUUAGAUACACCCGUCACACAUCACCUCAACACACCCAUCAGCUGAACACACCUCCCAUCACCUAAACACUCCUCCCAUCACUUGGAUACACCCAUCACCUGGGCACUCCUCCCGUCACCUGAACACUCCUCCGGUCACCUGGACACCUCCCAUCAUCAUGGCCGAGAAGCUAUUCAUACUGUAUUGUUUCGGAGCAUCAUUGAUCAUAGGAGUAACACAAGCUUCAAGGGGUGACAGUUCUAAUGAGUAUACAGGCUGCUACCAUGUUUGCCACUUCAACAACUGUUCCUCAAAAGUGGGCAUUGCUGCAUAUGAAUCCUCACAGAGCCUUAGUGAGAAGUUUUUCCAGUGGACUUGUGAUGACGAGUGUAAAUAUUACUGUAUGUGGCGUACAACACAAAUAUUCAUCGACAAAGGAAUGGAUGUACCACAAUUCUUUGGCAAGUGGCCAUUUGCACGGGUUUGGGGUAUGCAAGAGCCUGCAGCCGUUCUCUUCUCCGUCUUCAACCUGUUGGCUCAUGCUGUUAGUCUUAUCCAGUUUCGCCAGACUGUGCCUUCUAAUGCUCCACUCUAUAAGAUAUGGUUUUUACAUGCUGUGAUUUGCAUCAAUGCAUGGGUAUGGUCAGUUGUUUUCCAUGCCCGAGAUACACCGUGGACUGAGCGCUUGGACUACUUCUGUGCUUUUUCCAUGGUUCUCUUCUCACUUUUUGGCCUUCUUGUUAGGAUGUCAGGCCCUCGGCAAGAGUUUGUGAAAGAGGCAUCAGCUGUAAUGGGAUUAGUCUUCUUCACUUAUCAUGUCUGGUACUUGACUAAAGGAAGAUUUGAUUAUGGGUACAACAUGAUGGUAAAUGUUAUUGUGGGUGUCUUAAAUGGCUUCGGAUGGAUUGCCUGGGCUGUACCGAGACUGAAGACAAGACCUUACGUUUGGUGGUGCGUGUUCACUGUGAUAGGGGCCAUGGCGUCAAUGUUACUAGAGCUGGGAGAUUUCCCGCCUCUCUUCUGGGCACUUGAUGCUCAUGCCUUGUGGCACCUGGCUACUGCUCCCCUUCCAUUCAUGUGGUACAGAUUUCUGGAGAGUGAUUGCCUGUACCUACUACAAAGAAAAUCAGGACCAGACUAUAAGAAGCAGAUUUAAGAAGGUAUUAUGACAAGUUAAAAUUCUUUUAAAUUAUUAUAUCAAUCUUUUACAAUGGUCUGUAAAUCAGUUAUAUAUUUUAUUUAAAUCUUAAUUGCAGAUUUAAUUGGAUUAGGACAAGAUGAACUGUUUUAGAUAUAUGUAUUACAGUUAUCAAAAUUUCUAUAGUGUAUAGUUUUAUAUAACCUUACCAUUUGUAGGCUAUUUUCAAAGCUAUUAUAUAGUCUUUAACAGUGUAAAAUAAUGCUAUAUGCUGUGUUCCAAACCAUGCAAAUCUAAUGACAAUGAAACUGCAGGAAUGGAAUUAGGUAAGAUUGCAGCUGGGAUAUGAACUGCCUAUGUAGAUGAUUAUGUUAAUUAUCAGCAUGGGAAUGACUGUGAUAAGUAUGUCACACUGUGUCAGGGUUUUGCCCUGGCACCCAUUUUGUCAUUUUGAUGUUAUUGCCAAAAAAGUAACCCCGAUUCUACAGGAGUUAAGUGUUCAUUUGUGUUAGGUGUGCUCUGACUUUGAUUAUGCAAGUGUAAGUGUGUGGUUACACAGGUGUAUGUGUAAUUACCUAAGUGUAGUUUUAGGAUAAGGGGUGUGCUCAUGGUGUCCCGUCUUCCUGGUACUCUUUGUCAUGUAACACUUUGUGUGGUUACACAGGUGUGUGUGUGGUUUUAAUAGGAUGUGCGGCUAGCUCCAGUUAUACAAGUUAUUGUAGUUUUGGACAUGAUAGUGUAUAUGACUGCUCUCAAAAUUUUAAACAAAAUUGAAUUGCCUAGUUCACAUUGUGUAUUGUUUAUCUUUUAACAUUUUAAUUUAAUUCCCAUUGUCGGGAACAGGAAGCGUAUACUUACGCUUGUAUCGAGAUCUUCUCUAGAUCACACUACUGAUAUUCCCAGGAUGCAAUCCACAACAGUUGCCUAUCUCUUUUGUACCUAUUUACUGAUAGAUGAAUGGAGGCAUCAGGUGAACAAAAUAUGUGGCCAAUCAUUUGUGUCUUGCCCAGGGAUCAAACUCAGGAUCCCUAAUGGCAAGUUUAAAAGGUAGACCACAGGACUGUACCUCUAUGCAUCUUAAGUACUGUAAGUGCAUAAAUAUUGAAUUUCUUGAAUAUUUAUUAUUCUUUAAGAUUUCUAUAUUGCAGUUGUUGCAGAUGAGUACCAAGGAAUUUGUGUACAAUGGGGCCUCGAUUUAUGAUGCUAAUCCGUUCCCAGAGACGGAUCGUAAGUCGAAAUAUUGUAAGUCGAAGCGAUUUUUCCCAUAAGAAAUAAAGGGAUUUGAAUUAAUCCGUUCCCCAC